CAGCAGGGCCAGCGUGAGGGAAGGAUGGCUGCGGACGGGCUCUCCAGCAAGGCCUUGAAGGUGAAGCGGGAGCUGGGGGAGAACACGCCACUGCUGUCAGAUGAGGAGCUGAUGGGGCUGUCAGUGCGGGAGCUCAACCACCACCUGCGGGGCCUCUCCAAGGAGGAGGUGGCGAGGCUGAAGCAGCGUCGCCGGACGCUGAAGAACAGGGGCUACGCUGCCAGCUGCCGGGUGAAGCGCGUCUGCCAGAAGGAAGAGCUGCAGAAGCAGAAGAUGGAGCUGGAGUGGGAGGUGGACAAGCUGGCCCGGGAGAAUGCCGCCAUGCGCCUGGAGCUUGAUACUCUCCGUGGCAAGUACGAGGCCCUGCAGGGCUUCGCCCGCACCGUGGCCACCCAUGGGCCUCCUGCCAAGGCGGCCACCGCCAGUGUCAUCACCAUCGUCAAGUCGGGCACCAACCAGGCCGCCUACUCCUAGUGCUGGCCUCCGUCCCCCGGCUGGGCACAGUCCUCCUCGGGGCUCCUUCCCCCACGAAUUACCUCCCAGUCCUUCCCCGACCUCCUCCCUGCCGGGAUAUGUGCCCCAAAUCCUCCUUCUCCCGUCCCUUGACCUCCAGCUCCCCCAUGUAGGGAAGGUUGCUGCAGUGUGGGUGCUGAGGUAGAGGACAGAACCCCACCAGUGGCCCCCACAGUCUCCUCCCCUCUUGUGGGUGUAGA